AUGUCAGACUUGCCCCUAUUCACAGACUGCACGUUAAAAUCCAACACAACUUGUGAAGAAUGUCUGAAGAUUGUUUCGUGUUUGUGGUGCAUCUCAAGCCAGAAAUGCAUUGACUAUCCAGUGAAGAGCAUUCUACCCUCUCACAGUGUGUGUCCGCUCUCAGAAGCACGAUGGGGAGUGUGCUGGAUGAAUUUCCAGACUCUCAUCAUUACCAUCUCUGUGAUCGCGGGGGUGAUCAUCAUUGCCAUAUUUGUCUGCUGCUUCUGCUGCU